UAGGAAGUAGGGAAUAGGGCGCCAUUUUGGACACGAUGGCACCAAAAGUGCGCUCCGAUUGAAACAUGCACCAACUAAAUGCUCACGUGCUCACGCACGCGGCAAUGCUCUUACUAAAAAACAGAGUCUGGUAUCUAGUGCACGAGCCCAGACCUAUAACCCGAUUGGAAGACAACCAGAAAGCGGGUUUCAGUCGCGCGCACUGACUGCGGUCUUCCUCUCCGCGCGCUCUCGGAUGACGUCCCUUCAGAUAAUCACGUGUCCAUGAGACAGCCACGUGGAUUAACAAAACAGCACUUGCCCCCCUUUCCUUAGGCUCUCGAGCCCACGGUUUCAGGUUUUUCUCCCCCUCUCUCUCUCUCUUUCACUUUAACUGAUCCUAUAAGCGAGCACAUUAACCAAAAAAACAGAGCUUUCUCGCCUUAAUCCCUGAGGAAUCAUUUGGGAGGCCAUGCAUGCGCACAAUCCGCUUUAUAAAGAGACUGCACUCACACACACACAGACACACACACACACCUCAGUCUCAGGCUCAGUCUCACACAGGACCCUACAGUGCAGUGCGCAGCACAUUUUCUGGAUCACUGGCAGAAAUCUUAAAUAACUGCUUUUAUUUGCAUUUCCCAAGAAAUGAUGGCUUCAAAGAUGAAGGACCGCAAGAGAACACCUGUCUCACACAAGGUGAUCGAGAAGAGGAGGAGAGAUCGCAUCAACCGCUGUCUGAAUGAACUCGGCAAAACCGUCCCCAUGGCCCUGGCCAAACAGAAUUGUGGGAAGCUGGAAAAGGCAGAGAUUUUAGAGAUGACAGUACAAUACCUGCGCGCUCUGCACUCAGCCGACUUUCCCCGCGGGAGAGAAAAAGGAGAGCUCCUGAGCGAGUUCGCCAACUACUUCCACUACGGCUACCACGAGUGCAUGAAGAACCUGGUGCACUACCUGACCACGGUGGAGCGCACAGAGACCAAAGACAACAAGUACGCUCGCAUCCUGGCCUUCCUGCAGUCCAAGGUGGUUUCAGAGCCCGUGUUCGGCUCACGCUACGAGUCUGCGUUUACCUCGCCCGAGCCUGUAGACUUCCUGUGUCAGCUACGCUCUCCGCCAGAGUGCCAUCAGAACCCGAGCGAACCCGUCUUCCAGCAAAGCCACAGCGGGCAUUUAUCCUGGCACGGCUCGGCGCUCGCCUACCCGCAGCAGCACGGACUGGACCAUCACCAUUACAUGAACUUCAUGAGCCACUCACACAGCUUGCACACGACGCCACAUGUCGCACUGUAGAUUGGUUGUUUGUUUAUUUGUGUUUAAUUUAUAUGUGCACAUUUCAAAUGAGAAUCUAGAUAUUCAAAUUAAAUAAACAUGUUUUUG